AUGCCUGCUUCCAAGCCUCCACAUUCGGGCUCAGCUUCAGAUCAUCAUGCAAUGCCUGCUUCGCAUCCUCUGCAAUCAGGCUCAACUAAAGAUCAUCAAGCAAUGCCUGCUUCUCGUUCUCCGCAUUCAGGUUCAGCUUCAGAUGGCAAAAUCACCACAACGGGAACACCGCGGACGCCUAUUCUGUGCGAGAGUGAGAAACCUACUCAACAACAACAGCCAAUGUCUCGGAAGCAGCUAGGGGAACCUUUUAAUGCGGAGCCACCGCGUUCAGCUUUGGUCUCGUCGUACGUGACUCCUGUGGAUUUCUUCUACAAGAGGAACCACGGUCCUAUUCCAGUAGUGGACGACAUCCACAGUUACUCAGUUUACAUCUCCGGAUUAAUAGAAAAUCCCAAACACCUCUUCAUGAAAGAUAUCAGGGCGCUUCCCAAGUAUAAUGUCACUGCCACUCUACAGUGUGCUGGUAACAGAAGGACGGCUAUGAGCAAAACCCGGACUGUCAAGGGAGUUGGGUGGGAUGUUUCUGCUAUAGGAAAUGCUGUAUGGGGUGGUGCAAAACUGGCUGACGUUCUUGAACUCGUCGGAAUACCCAAGUUGACAGGUGCCACUAAAUCAGGUGGAAAACAUGUUGAAUUUGUAAGCGUUGAUAAGUGUAAGGAGGAAAAUGGGGGCCCCUACAAGGCAUCAAUUCCACUAAUUCAGGCCACAAAUCCAGAAGCAGAUGUUUUACUUGCUUAUGAGAUGAAUGGAGAGACUCUUAACAGGGAUCAUGGGUAUCCAUUGCGUGUGAUUGUCCCAGGUGUUAUUGGUGCCCGUUCUGUUAAAUGGCUUGACUCUAUUAAUGUAAUUACUGAGGAAUGUCAGGGUUUCUUUAUGCAAAAAGAUUACAAAAUGUUUCCUCCUUCGGUGAACUGGGAUAACAUUAAUUGGUCUACUAGGAGGCCACAAAUGGAUUUUCCCGUCCAGUGUGUAAUUUGUUCUUUAGAGGAUGUGAAUGCUAUAAAGCCUGGGAAGGUAAAAAUUACCGGGUAUGCGGCAUCAGGAGGUGGUCGUGGCAUCGAGAGAGUAGAUGUGUCUGUUGAUGGUGGAAAAACCUGGAUAGAGGCUUCUAGAUAUCAGAGGACGGGAAUCCCAUACAUUUCAGAGCACACAAGCAGUGAGAAAUGGGCAUGGGUGCUUUUCGAGGCCACAUCUGAUGUCCAACAGAGCACUGAGAUUGUUGCGAAAGCAGUGGAUUCAGCAGCAAAUGUCCAACCUGAAAAGGUGGAAGACAUUUGGAACUUGAGAGGGAUACUGAACACUUCAUGGCAUCGCGUGCAGGUUCGAGUUGGUCACUCGAAUUUGUAG